AUGUUGAGCCCUCCACUGCUAGGAUACUCCACGUGGGGAGAGAAGGUUGGCGAUAUAUCCAGGCGUAACGCGACAAAGCCAUAUUUCGUCCAGCGAUUGACGGAGCGCAACGAAGGCGUUCUGGUCCUUGAUCCACCAGAGAGGCAGGGGGAAAACCUGCUCAAGGCAAUUGCUGAGAUCACCACCCUUCCUGUCACCGCCAUUGUGUACUCUCACAACCAUGCGGACCACAUACUGGGUGCCAAAGACCUUGUGGAAGCAGCAAACAAAGCCGGUGUCUCGGACGUUCGUAUCAUCACGUCCUCCAAAACGGUUGAGAAGAUGGAGCUGCUCAAUACGUCAGUCCUUCCGCCCAACGAAAGCGUGGAGUGGUCCAACGGCACCACUAAAUUUGAAGGCAUCACCCUCCAUCCGUGUCUGCCCCCAAAUCCAAGGCUUUGA